CAAGUUGAUACCUCUUUUUAGCAAUGUUGAAAUAGUUGAAAAUCUAGAAUUUUGGUCUUUGGAGUAUUGGCCUAUUUUACCAGCAGCAUUCUCCUCUUUUGAAAUCGAUAUAGUUCAGCGUCCUCUUCCUGUUGACGGAAAUUCAGUGCACUCAAGAGUCAAGAAGGAUUAUAUAUUACCAGAUCCGUCCUGAUUAUUUCCCCCUCUCUGGAGUUUCUAGGUUUCAUCUAAAAUCAAAAUGGGGGGUUUAAUAAUGGAUGAUUUAUGAUUCAUUUAUGCUGUUUCUCAUGACAUUGAGAAAGUCCCAGUCAAUUUAUUCAUGGUGGUGAAGAAGAACUACUCUUCUCUCUUUUAGUUUACUAAUCAAAAUGGAAGUGUGAGCUCCAAUUUUGUAAGGAUUGUUUAACAGAAAUGAUGGGCACGCAAUGGUUUGAAGCUCGUGUAUUUGUAAUUCAGUCGCUAAAGCAGAAGGGUCUUUGUAGAGAUUCUCAGAAUAGCAAGGUGCGUCUUGGUGUUUGUUCAAGGCCUAACAAUGUUGGGGAAACAAUGGUGGAACCACAAUGGUUUUGACUUUUGAUGACUGUGAUGGUACGAGAAAGUAAGCUCUUGAUGCUGUUGUGACUGAAAACUGUAAAAAGUUUGAGAUCAUUCUUCAGUAGAAUACUGCUGAGUGGAAAAGAUGGUUGGAGAAAGUUCUGAGAGUGGUGAAUUUUCACGGCAAGCAUGGUGGGGCUACGGCUUUCCAGCAUGAUAUGUUGUGUUAGAGGAUUCCAAAUUGAAUAGAAUACACGAAGCAGUAGGUGAUGGGGAGAAGCAAGGAGGAAGCUCUAUCUUCUGAGGCCCGUAGAAUCUUUGGUGGGAAGAAAUUUCAGAUGACUCAAUAUCCUGUAGGAUGUACUGGACACAUGGUUUUCUUCUGGACUAUUUCUGUUAUCUGUGAUGGUUUGCCAGAUGAUAAAGCUAAUUCGUAGAGCAUUUCGUUCUACAUCAUUUCUUGAACCUAGACGUCACAUUCGUUUCUUUUGGGUAGCACCCAUGGUUAUGCUGGGAAUGUAAUUGGGCGGUGACUCUCAGAAGGACUUAUAUCCAAUAAUUCAUGACGCACAGCCGCAAAGUGUUCAAAUAUUUGGGAUAUGUGAGUGAUCUGCAUGAAGUAACGCUCUCCUUAAAAAAUCUUCACUAAAAAUUGGAGGCGGUAACCUGGAUACGAAAGAUCUUAUUGUUGAGAAGGGAGUGCAAAAGACUUUUCAAAUGAUACUGCUGAAUGAAAGGGUAUCUGUGAAUGUUGUGGAUAGCCUACAUGGUACAAGAAGCUUGUCUGGAGGCGCCACAAAUAUCACUGGUGUCAAGCGGAAGUGUGAUUCAAUGGCCUCUCCAACGAAGACAGUCACAAGUCCACGCAUACCCCGUUGUUCUCUUGCCCCGUCUUCUGUAAAUGGUCAUCCUGGUGGUGCUAAUACAGAGAUGGUACCUACGCCAGUAAGUACUGCUAUGAUUACUGCGAAGUGGCUCCGUACAGUCAUUUCCCCACUUUCUUAAAAACCUUCGGCAUAGAUGGAGCGUUUUCUUUCAUCUUUUGACAACAAUGUAACUGAUGACGUGAUACAUGGAGCACACGUAAUGUUGGAGGCGCUGCCCUAGGAGAGCGAUGUACCACGAGGAGCCCGCAUAGUGCAAUUCUGAUGGACAGCAUACAGGCCGAACAGCGAAAAUGGAAGAUCUGAAAUUGUACCACAGGGUUCUGGAAACAAUUUGCAGCGCAGAAUUUCAAAGACUGCAUUGGUAGUAACUCGACCUCUUUAUUAACCAAUGAGAGGAUUUAACGAUGCAUUCUUACUUGUUCUGCUUAAAUCGUUUCGGCCACCCAUAAAAUAGUUAUGAUGUUGUUCCCUGCGGUAUUGGAGCAAACUGGUAUGCGAUAGAAAGAUUCAUUAGGCAUGAAGAAUCUCUUCAGAGAGAGAGUUGAGGCGACAUCUAUAUUCUUUGGAGGAGCCGUUGUUGGGGAGCAGGUAUGGGAAAAAGGCUCCUCGUUGUACAACUCAUUAACCUUUGCGAGGCCUUCCCCUUCUGCAGAAUUUUAUCGCCUAGGAUUAUUAGUGGAAACCAUGCCAUCCCUGGACGCAAUUGCCAUGCAUAAUAGUAUUUCCUAUGGAGGCUUUCCACCACUACCCUUCCAUAAACAAGCUUAAAACUGCAAAAGGUCAGAACGGAGAGAUGAUACCAAUUGAGCGUAACUCCUUUGAUUCGCCAGUGAACGGUCGUUUAUUGGUUAAUGGUCCUAAAUUGAAGUUGCCACCAUAUCCGUUUCUGCGGUCAGCUUUUGCUAGCCCAAACAGACCAAACUCAGGAGGUGGGGGUGAACAUCUGCAAAGACAGGGAUCGAUGUUAUCUUUUGGAAGCAAGAUAGCGUUUGGAAGGCUCAAUUCCGAUAAUGGUGGUGCCCUGGUGAGUGAUUCUCUUGAAUGUGGGGAGUGUCAACCUUCAAAACGGCAAUUGCUCACCCCCUCCUGCUGGUGUUCUGAUUUGCCGACUACACUCAUGAAGACUGAGCAGCCAGAUAACUAUUUCUGACACUUUUGACCCGCAUGUAAAUUCUGCUAUUUCUUCUAGCAGCCUUUUUAAUUUAUUUCUGUUUCUAUUUUAAUUUAUUCUAACCUCAUACCUGAGUACUGGGUAAUGUGUGAGCAGCUAGGGGCAGUAAUAAAGUGUUCCCACUUCUUCAGUUUCUAUCACCCUACUUCAAAUUUACGGUUGACACAUCUUUAGUUUCUCUAAUUUAUCAGAGAUUGCAGUGCUCAGUUUUAUAAGCAAAGAGCAACAGAUGGGUGUAAUAAAUGCAGACUCUGUACAUCUCUGGAAAUCAUAGAAUCAACUUUUAUCAAACAGAAUUGUAGGGCAAAUUUGAUUCAGUGAAUAUUCCUAAUGCUGUUAAAUCAUAUCUUUGUGCUGUGAACCUCUAUGGAGUAAUACAUUUGGGUAUACAUACAUAUGUACU